CACAUCGCCAAUUCUGAGCAUUCGCUCUCUCAACAUGAUCUCACGAACCUCCUUCCCGCGGGCCGCGCAGUUGGCACUUCGCCAACCAGCCUAUCCACGACUCCCUCUUGCUCGUGGCCUUGCUACCUCCUCCUCUUCUGGCUCGUACGAGCUUUCGGACGUCGGCGGCGUGAAGGUAAUUGCUCGGGAUUCUCGUGGCCCGACAACCAAACUGGCCGUGGUGGCCAAGGCUGGGACGAGAUAUGAACCGCUUCCCGGGCUGUCCGCAGGUCUUGAGGCCUUCGCGUUCAAGACCACGCAAAAGCGCUCUGGCCUACGGAUUGUUCGCGAAUCUGAACUCCUUGGAGGUCAACUCGCCUCGAAUCAUACUCGAGAGGCCUUGAUGAUCGAGUCGAGCUUCCUUCGGACAGACCUUCCUUACUACGUCGAACUCCUCGGCGAAGUUAUUUCGCAGACGAAGUACACCACCCACGAAUUCAAUGAGGAGAUCCGGGAAUUUCUCAGCACCAAGCAGGGAGUUGCGGCAUCCAAUCCCGCCGCCCUGGCCCUCGACGCAGCCCAUUCCGUCGCCUUCCACCAUGGUCUUGGAUCGCCUCUGAACCUGACUUCCUCCGUGCCCACUCAGCCAUACCUUAACGAGUCGUCCAUUGCCGAAUUCGCCGGGGCAGCGUACGCGAAGCCUAAUAUCACCAUCGUCGCUGAUGGUGCAUCUCAAGCCGAAGUCUCCAAAUGGGUUGAGCAGUUUUUCAAGGCGUCGCCCGUCUCCUCUUCGACUUCCCUGGGACUGAACACCUCGCCUUCCAAGUACUAUGGUGGCGAAUCCCGCGUUAGCCAUACGGCCGGCAACUCCGUGGUAAUUGCAUUCCCUGGCUCGAGCUAUGGAACUCCGUCGCCUGAGACCGCCGUUCUUGCCGCGCUUGUUGGCGGCAAGUCCAGCAUCAAGUGGUCUUCCGGCUUCAGCAUGUUGUCGCGCACUGUUGGAGGCCUCCCUGGUCUCUCCGUCUCUACUGCUAGCGUGUCGUACUCCGAUGCUGGACUGUUUACCGUUCAACUGACUGGAUCCGCUUUGGCCGUCCGAAAGGCCGCGGAGGAAACUGUCAAGGCAUUGAAGGCCGUUGCUGAAGGGAAGGUUAGCAAGGAGGACCUAACCAAGGCCAUCGCCAAGGCCAAGUUUGAUGUUCUCGAGGCCAGCGAGGGUCGCAAUGCAAGCAUGCUCCUUGCGGGAUCUAGCACUCUCCACACUGGCAAGCCCAUUGAGAUCAUCGACGCUAUUAAGCCCCUGGAAUCUGUGACUGCUGAUAAGCUCAAGGCGGCCGCGCAGAAUCUCCUGAAGGGCAAGGCUAGCGUGGGUACAGUUGGCGAUUUGCAUGUCUUGCCAUAUGCGGAGGAGCUCGGUCUCCAGGUAUAACGAACCGAGCGAGGUGCUGAAUCGAGACAAGAAAUAAUGUACCAAUAUCCGAUCGCACGUGGCAGAAUCGCCUUCCAUUUGUUGUAGAAUCAGACGCUUUCCCUGUGACCAGCUUGGAAAUUUGCUCAACAAGAACGACCAGGUUUCUGUUAAGCACACCGAAAUUUGAUAAACCAUGAUAUGCCUCGUUCUCGUUGUGUUUAUGCGGCAGAAAUGGUAUAUAUCCCCGGGUC